CGCAGCGCGCCCGGCUCCGGAGCGCUUCCAGUUGAGAGAUGGCGGCCACUGCAGGUAGAUCCCGGCUGCUGCUGCUGUCAAGGAGUGGUGGGGGGCUGACAGCGGGCUUCCCCGGACUGGGCGUCAGCAGGCAUCGUCCUCACAGGACGGUUCACCAGAGACUUCCUGCGUGGCUCAACCAAAGAGUAGUAUUUUGCAGUACAACGUCGCCCCUUGAUGAUGUCACUGUGGUUUACCAAAACGGGUUACCUGUGAUUUCCAUCAGCCUUCCAUCCCGACGGGAAAGAUGCCGAUUUACCCUCAAGCCCAUCUCUGAUUCAGUUGGCAUGUUUUUGCAGCAGCUGCAGGCAGAGGAUCGGGGAAUUGACAGGGUUGCAAUCUACUCAACAGAUGGAGCUCGUGUAGCCGCUUCCACAGCAAUAGAAAUUCUUUUGUUGGAUGAUUUCAAACUGUCAGUUAAUGAUGUCACUUACCAUGUGCGGCCGCCAAAAAGAGAACUAUUAAGCCAUGAAGAUGCAACGACAAUGAAUGACCUGAAAACCCUUGUGCAGCAGCUGUACAGCACACUUCGAAUUGAGGAGCAUCAGCUCAAUAAGGAGAGAGAGCUGAAUGGAAGGUUAGAGGACCUUCGAGGGCAGCUAGAACCUCUUGAAAAGGUUCGUCUUGAGAUUGGCCGAAGAGCGGAGAAGCGGACCACGUUUGUGUUGUGGGGUGGACUGGCGUAUAUGGCCACACAGUUUGGCAUUCUUGCGCGUCUGACGUGGUGGGAAUAUUCUUGGGAUAUCAUGGAGCCUGUCACAUAUUUUAUCACCUACGGUAGUGCCAUGGCCAUGUAUGCCUAUUUUGUACUAACACGCCAGGAAUAUGUAUAUCCAGAUGCCAGAGAUAGACAGUACUUACAUUUUUUCCAUAAAGGAGCCAAAAAGAUACGUUUUGACAUAGAAGAAUACAAUCGACUCAAGAAUGCUAUUGCUCAGGCUGAGUUGGAUCUAAAGAGACUGCGUGAUCCCCUGCAGGUGCACCUCCCAGUCCAACAAAUAGAUGAGAAAGAUUGAUUAUCUGUCAGUCCCCAGCAGAACCUGUGGAUAACUCUUGCCUUUGCAAUUAAAAGCAUUACAGGUGGUAGCUGGGCUGCAAUAUGGGAUGAGUGAUGUGCCCCCUAUUUUUGUUAUAAUUUGUUUUUUAGUUUCCUUUUUAAAUAAUGUUAAAGAAGUGAGAAUUAAAUAAUGGGAUCUAAUCAAAGCAUGGGGCCUUGACACUGUAAGGGCUUUGGGACAAUAGUCUAAUUCAAACCAUAUCUAUCUUUUUAUUUGUCUAUGGAUGAAAAUGCAUUACAAAAUAUAUGGUUGAGGGUUUCAAAGCCAGAUACAAUGUUUAUUUUUGUUUACUUAUUUUUUCUGUUUUUUAUUUUUAUCGUGCGUUAAGAAUGUGGCCGAGUGCCUAUACAACACAUCUGAAUUAGAAUCGGACAAAAAAAAUAA